AUGCCCGCAUGCUUUGAUCAUGAAUAUUCGAAUUCAUUCAUAUCCCCAAACUCUGCAAACGCAGAUGUUGAAGACGUCGUUGAGUCAGAUAUACAAGCGUCGAUACCAAGAGAAAUUAAGGAAACAGAAAAACUACAAGCAACAGAUUACAGCAAUGAAAAAGCCUCUACUGUAAUAAACAAUCCCUCGAGGGUUCAACGUUCAGCAGAUCCUAUUUUGUCGCAAACGCCCAUCGCAAACGAAUUCAACAUUUUCAAAAAUGUAGAAGACGCCUUGGACAGCAACGACGUCGAAUUGUCGGGAAGAUUAGCCGGCUACAUCCAACCAUCAAAAACGGAAGAGGAAUACGCCUCCACUGCUGCUCAUCAAAGAACCGAACAAUUGUCGGGGGAAUCCACAGGGGCUCCGCUCCAGGCACGGUCACUGCCACUGCGGGAGCCCCAUCAGGAAGUCACUCCCAGUGCCACGACGACGACCAGUUUUGUUACCCAAUCACACCCUCUAUCAAAUCAAGGGCGACAAGCAAACCCUGAUAUUCAGGACAUCAUCACAGGAAUAGUGAAGCUUCUUAAUGGAAACGUAAAUGUUCAAGCAAAUACCGGACCGGUAGUAGGAAGACCAUUACGACCGCUUUCUACUCGAAUAAAUAACAGAGGGCCUCCUAGAAUAACGGACGUUCCGGCUUUGCCUCCGGAUUUCGAUGUACCGGCUCCACUACCGCCGCCUCCUUUGGGGCAAAUGCCGCCACCUGCCGUGUCUACCACCAGGCUUCCCACUCCCUAUCCCUUCGACGUUCCGCAUCCCAACAUGUCCCCGGUGCGCCCUAUCACGGGCAGCGGAACGAGCAUACCCAUAUCCGAUCAUACGACUGUGAAAAAACGACCUGGGUACCUCCGCCCGCAGGCGAUACCGCCUUGGAAGCGGCGCAGGCCGCCUAAUUCGAAUAACCGACGUCCGUCUAUACCCCCGUACAAGCCAGUGCCGCAUUUCUCUUCGGAAAUGAUCAGUUUGACGACCGAAAAACCGGUCGAGGACAUUCUUAUGCUCGAUCUAAGUUCUCAAUUAUCUUCGAGUACUGAGGAAGGGAUGUACAAUCAAGAGGACGAAGAUUUGAGGAAUUCUACGGAUUCGCCUGAAGAGGAUGUAUCCGGCGCUAAUCAAGAAUCGACUGAAGUUGAUAAGGAAUUGGCGGUAUUCGACAAAAAUAAAGAAAAAAUAAAAAAUGUUACGAAAUCUGAUAAAUACACCAGCAAAACAACAGUUGUCACGCCUACUUUUAAUCCUGAUAAAACUGAAGAGAAAACUGUAUCGAAAUUAUCUAAUUCAACCAGUGAGGUGCUUCAAACUAAUUCCUCCAUAAUUAAUCCAACAAGUGUUACCCUCGAGAGCAUUUCAACGUCCAUUUUAAACGAUUCAAUUACCCUGAACGAUACGAGUAUUCAUACAACUGCUGCAAGUAGUAGUACAGUGGAAUAUUCUCCUAUCGAAUCGUCAAUAUUUGAUUUAUUUCAAACAAUGAGAGCUGAUAUAUUAGGAGAGAAGGAGGCAGCUAGUUUGUCCAGCACUGCGACUGAAAAUCUACCGAUUAUUAGUACUACCAGUAACAACACCAUAGGAAAAACUGAGGUGAUAAUUACGGAAUCAUCAUCGAUUCGUAACCAAUCUUCCACUUCGAUAGGCUCGACAGAUAUUCAUUAUAAACCUAGACCUGGAAUCGUUCUUGACGACACCGAGUACAAACCCGGUGGGAUUCACAGGCAGCCUAUCAUCACCCGGCCGCCAAUUGGACAAAUUGGAGAAAUAUUCGAUAUUACAGUAUCAGCUAUUCAAGGUUUAGGAGGUUCUUCGGGUGGUCAAGGAAAGCCGUACGUUAUACCAGUCGAUAUAGAAAACGUUCAUUCGGGAGACGUUAUCACCUCAUCUUCGGGUUCAGAAGGAUUCGUCAGCAUCGACGGUAAACGGACUUAUCUCAAUCUUUUCGACGAGUCCACAUCGGUUGCGGCUGCGAUUAAACCCACCGGAACUGCAGCCGCUAACAAUCAAGUUUUCGCCACCGGAUUCGCGGUCGCAGAAUCGGAAAAGAUCAACAGACAAGGAUCGGUGACCAAGCCGAACGUUCCGAGAAGGCCCAUUUACGGAAGACCUCGUCCUACACCUCCGCCCGUCAGGAUCGAUACUUGCAUUGUCGGAGACGAUUCCACGUGCGAUGGUUCUCAACACGAAAUUUGCAAAACCGAGUCUGGAGUGAGCGCCUGCCAUUGCAGGCCGGGAACUGCGAGACGAAAGCAUCGAGAUCCGUGCAGAAAAAUAGUUUCUAUAUUGCUGUCGUUGAGAGUUGAUAAAAUAUACGACAGAAAAGUCGUUUGGGCCAACGAAUUGGGCGAUCAGAACAGCGAUAGCUAUCAAAAAUUGUCCUUCGAGGCAGAACGAGCAUUGGAGUCAGCUAUGUCAAUGACGCCUUUCAGUGAUGAAUUUCUUGCCGCUAAAGUUAAUAGUAUAUACAGAGGAGACAGAUCCCAAGGCCAGGCUGGGGUCUUCGUGAAUUUGACUUUGCAGCUAGAUGAGAACGCAGACACUGCAAGGCCUACAGUCAGAGGGGAUAUUCAGCGACACCUAUUAGGGGUGAUACAAAGAAGGAGCAACAACGUAGGGGAAAGCGCCCUAUGGGUGGACAGUCCGCCGGGCUCCAUUUCCAAUUUGCAAGACGUCGACGAAUGUUCUUCUCCGGACCUGCACGAUUGCCACUCGCUGGCCCGUUGCGUCAACAUAUUCGGCGGCUUCAAAUGCGAAUGCAUGGAAGGCUACCGAGAUCCUUGGAUGGACAGCAAACAUCGCGCUGGUCGAUUGUGCGAACAGUGCCCAGCCCAGCAUUGCAACAAUCGAGGAGAAUGCUUUUACCAAAACGGCCAGGAAGUAUGCAAAUGCGCAGGGAAUUAUUAUGGUGCUCAAUGCGAACUCGAUGGUGAAGUUUUAGGUGUUGCAAUAGGAGCUAGCGUGGCAGCUAUUAUUAUUAUUGGACUGACAUUAGUUUGCCUGGUGAUGUGGAGUCGCCGUUGGAAUAGAGAGCAAAAAGCAGCGGUGGGCAGUCCAGUUUUCGGUUACAUGGCCACAGCCAGUAACACUGCCAAAACACCCGUAGUAGGAGCACCACCUUACCAACUCACCCUCGAAGAUAGGCUCCGAUGGGCGCAGAUUGCCGACGUUAUGGCUCAAGCUAAUCAUUACGCACCUGAGCCCGGUAUAGGCUGUCCGACGAGGCCAUCUUCAGCGCUAUUCGGUUAUCCCAGUUUGCCUAUGGGCGGUAAUAUGUCGCUGCACGGCCACGGCGGUACUUUGCCGCCGGUACCUUUGCCGAGACUUACGCUGCAAGCCCAGAUGGCCAAUCGAGCCGCCAGUAUUGCCAGUAUCAAGCACGUCGAUAAUACCAGUUCGAGCGAAGAGGAGGACAAGGCGGAUCUUCUCGGCAGGCAUUUCCAAGUGCCGAGGCCGAAAAGUAGAAGUAACGCUUCAAUUGCUAAUCAAAGCGGUAUUUACUACGAUGUAGACUACGACCAACAUGACAUGUACAAGCAAUCCGGUGGAAUACCUUUGAGUACUUACAGCAUGUGCAGACAGCCUUUUUUCAGAAAUUAGGAGUUUUUUAAGGUGUUUUCUGUAUAUAUUCGUGUAGUACAUGUAGGUAAGUGCCUACAUACAUAUUACUUCCCAUCGAUUGUCCGUAAUGUAAUAUGAUUAACUAAAUUAUUGGUAAGAGGGUUUUUCAUUUUCGUUUAAUACAUUUUCUACCAGUAUUUUCAUUAAAUUAUUUUUGUUAUAGUUAUUAACGAUUAAGAGUUAGAUUAUACAAUAGUUUUUAAAAA